GCACAAUGGAGACUUGGCUCCUAGUCUUCCUCUCCCUUUCCUUAUGUGUAGUCGUCAACCUCCUCCUUAACCAAAAACACAAGAAGCGGCUCCCGCCAGGCCCGCCCGCCGUCCCGAUCCUCGGGAAUCUCCUCUGGCUCCGUCGCUCCUUCACCGACCUCGAGCCCCUCCUUCGCGACCUCCACGCCCGCUACGGCCCCAUUGUCACCCUCCGCAUCGGCUCCCGCCUCUCUAUCUUCAUCUCCGACCGCCACCUCGCCCACAAGGCCCUCGUCGAGAAUGGCGCCGCCUUCGCCGACCGCCCCGCCCCUCUCCCUGCCACCCGUUUCAUCAGCUGCGACCAGCACAACAUCACCUCGGCUCCCUACGGCUCCCUUUGGCGCCUGCUCCGCCGCAACCUCAUGUCUGAGACUCUCCACAACUCCCGCGUCAAGCUCUUCGCCCCUGCCCGCCAGUGGGUCCUUCACGUCCUUGCUGCUAAGCUCCAUGCCCAUGGGACCGAGAAGUCUGGCGCUGCCGUCAUGGAGAGCUUCCAAUUUGCCAUGUUUUGCCUUCUAGCCCUCAUGUGCUUCGGUGAAAAGCUUGACGAGGAGAGCGUUAGGGCCAUUGAGGCCGCACAGCGUGACCUCCUGCUCUACGGCCGUCAGCUUGGAAUUUUCAACUUCGUUCCGGCCAUCUCAAAGCACUUGUUUCGAAACCGGUGGAGCAAAGCUAUGGAGAUGCGGCAAAGGCAGAAGGAGAUAUACCUCCCUCUGAUAAGAGCUAGACGGGAGCAUAAGCUAAAGAAGAAAGAAACCGAGGAGAGGUUUGUGCACUCGUACCUUGACUCCCUGCUCGAUAUCGAGCUCCCGGAGGAAGAGAAUAGGAACCUCACGGAAGAUGAGAUAAUCGUCCUGUGCUCGGAGUUUCUCAACGCCGGGACCGACACGACGUCAACCGCGCUUCAGUGGAUCAUGGCGGAGCUCGUGAAGCACCAAGAAGUGCAAGCGAAGCUAUUGGAAGAGAUCGAAGACGUGGUGGGCAAGGAAGAUGAGGAGGUCAAGGAGGAAGACCUUCAACGGAUGCCGUACAAUAAGGCGGUCGUCAUGGAAGGGCUGAGGCGGCACCCGCCGGGGCACUUCGUGCUUCCGCAUGCAGUGACGGAGGAGAUGACAAUUGAGGGGUACACGAUACCAAAGGAUGCAGUGGUGAACUUCUUGGUGGCGGAGAUGGGACGGGACGAGGAGGUGUGGGAGGAGCCCUUGGAGUUCAAACCGGAGAGGUUCUUGGAUGGUGGGGCAGGGGAAGGGGUUGAUAUAACUGGGACUAGAGAGAUUAAGAUGAUGCCGUUUGGCGUGGGGAGGAGGAUCUGCCCCGGACUUGGAUUAGCUAUGCUGCAUUUGGAGUAUUUUGUGGCCAAUUUGGUGAGGGAGUUUGAGUGGAAGAGUGUGGAGGGGAAGGAGGUGGAUUUGGCCGAGAAGCCGGAGUUCACCGUCGUGAUGAAGAAUCCGCUGCGUGCUCGUGUGAUUCCUAGGAGGAACGCAUGCAACUGAUACGCUGCUGGCUGCUGCACUUUGAUGGCUUUUUGACAGCUUCAUUAUAUUUGUUCAUUAUUUAAUAUUUGCAUGGAAUAAAGUGAGACGUGCGUUGGCGAUUUUAUUUUUAUAUAGUAAUAAUUACUACAGUAGUUAUUCUUUUGUCUUUGA